AUGGGGAGGCGGCGGGAGCCGGGCAGGGCGGUGGGGCGCGGGGCUGCCAGCUGUCAAAGAGGCAUCCCGGGCUCCGGGAGAGGGAGCAGCCCUAUGUGUCCCUAAGCUGAGAGAACCCCCACUCCGCUCGCCAUGAAUACCGAGGAGCAGUAUUACGCCUCGACGCAGCUCUACAAGGAGUCGUGCGCGUUUCAAAGAGCUCAGGCGCAGGACUACAACCCCAGUCCCCCCGCCUGCCUUUACAUGGGCAGGCAGCAACAGACUCCUUAUUCCAGCGCCUUAGGGGCUCUCGAGCAAGGCAGCCCGCCAGACAUUUCACCUUACGAGGUGCCCCCCAUCACUGAGGAUGCCGGGGUCUCCCACCUUCAUCACCAUCACCACCACGCUCAUCUUCCUCCUCCCCACCAGGACGCGUUGCCUUUCUCAGACGGGGCGGACACGGGAGCUGUAGAGGAGCCCCGAGUGCAGGUGCCUUUCGCCUGGAUGAAGUCCACCAAAUCUCACGCCUGGAAGGGACAGUGGACCGGGGGGUCCUGUGUAGUUGAACCGGAGGAGAACAAGCGGACGAGGACAGCGUACACACGGGCACAGCUGCUGGAGCUGGAGAAGGAGUUUCUCUUCAACAAGUAUAUCUCCAGGCCGCGGCGGGUGGAGUUGGCUGUCAUGUUGAACUUGACCGAAAGGCACAUCAAGAUCUGGUUCCAGAACAGGCGGAUGAAGUGGAAGAAGGAAGAGGACAAAAAGCGCGGGGCGGGCAACAGCAAUGACCCCGAGCAAGACUGCGUGGUGACCUCCGGAGAGCUCCAGAACAAGGAGGAUCUCCAGCCGUGCCCCGCCGGGAACCUGACCUCGGAGGCCUCCAGGGACCUUCUCACCCCCAGCCUAGCACCCAGAAGACAGCAGGACUCUCGAUGAGGCGCGGGGAGCCCCACGCCCCGGGACGAGGAAAAGGAUGGAAUCGGGGAAAGAGCCGAGAGGCUGGCACAGGCUUCCCACCGCCCUGCUGUGCCGUGCCGUGCCGACGCUCUCCUGCCUUCCCCCGGGGAAUCUCUGCCUCCACUCCGACGCUCGCGUCCUCCAAAAACUAAAUGUUCAGCUGUAACAAAGAGAGGCUCA